UGCAGCCAAGCUUCAAUUAUUUUACUGGGAGAUGACAUACCAAACGAGAACUUGUUUAAAUAGCAAAGUGGAAAAAGCCUUCUUUAGGUCCAUAUAUCUGAAUUAUUAGUUGCUGUUGGGAAGAAUUGAUAAUAAAUAUACUAGGGUCAAGAGUAAUAUCUGUGUUGACAUCGAAUUCUCAUUAAUCCUCCAUUGAUUGGAAGAGCUCAGAUUGCAGACCUAGCUAAAUCUGCGCUUGUCAUGUUAGCUGAAGGCUUCCUCACUGCGAUUGGUUACAGCCAUCAUCAAAAGGAGUGGGACAACCAGGAAAACUAUGUAAACUCCAGGAGGAAACCUAAGCCCAGAAAUAGCUCUUGGGAAGAGUGCUUCACCUCAUCAGAACUCACAAAAAGCCUUGAACAUGAGCAGUACAACGCAGAGGAAAACAGUCAAAGCAGAUUAGCUUCCUUGGGCAGCACCAUUCAUGAGAAGGGAGAAUCGCUCCAGUUUCAAAGUGAAAAGGAAGCAACAGACGUGCAGACCAGGGCGCCCAUGUUUGACAGAAAGACCUCUGACAACUUAGACAUACCAAAGUCUUCUAGGGGCAGUGAAAGCGAUUUAGAUUUGUACCGAUCAUGGUCCGCCACUUGUCAGAGUUACACAGAUUUACAGAUCGGAGGAGAUAAUGUUACACCCAACAGUCCUACAAGCUUGUGCUACUUUAUGGGUCAUGAUUAUGAAAGCUGCAAUUGGCCCACCCUUCGGCUUGGGAACCAAUCUGUGUGGCCAACCAUACCUGACUCUUGGUGUGAAGGCCAGCAAUGUUCUGGAACAGAUGCAUUCUUUAACAGUGACAAAAGCAUUGCCCUUCUGAAAGAACCAUUGUCCAAUUCUGUGCUCAACAGAUACAUGGAGAAGAAGAUUACAGAACUAUAUAAGCAGUACCUUGAGGACAACAUGACAAAGUGUGCUUCUCCAACAAAAAUACUGGGCUCCCACUUCCUGAUGACCAACAUUGAUCAAAUUAGUCUGCAGAUUUCUCAUGAGAAAAGUAUGGAGCCCACAAAAGCUAAGGAUAUUGUUCUAAACUGCCUUCUUAGUGUUGCAUGUGCAACCAACUCAUCGGAUAUCUGUACCCCUAACUUGCAGAUAUCAAGCCAGCAAACUGAUAAGCCACCCCUAUGAUUUUAAACUUGCUUAUCAGCAGAAUUGCAUUCCAGAUUAUUUUUAUUUUGGAGCAACUUCUGAAAUCUGCCUUGUGCCUCUAAUUUAAAUGGAUGAUCUGUCCAAAGCUGUACAGCAACAUUCAAUAAUGUCAUGAAGACACAAAUAUGUUUCCUGGCUCUAAGUACCAGAACCAAACUAAGCUGUUCAAUUUAAUGAUUAAUGAGGAAUGAAUUCUCUUACUGUAGAAAUUCAUUUGAAUGUAUUGCACUGAAUUGGAUUUUUCAAUGUGACUCAUUGCCUAUCGAAUUAAAUCAGCAUAUUAGAUAAUAUCUUAAAA